AUGGCACCACUGAAGCCUCAAGACCAGACACGCGGGGCCAAGAGGAGGGCAGACGCUAAAAGAAAAGCAGCUAAGACAAAUGUGAGAAGCAACAUUUCCAAAGCUUCGGAUCAUAACUCCGAAACACCUGAACACAAAGAGAAAGGAAGAAGAGAUUCAACAGGUCCCAAUCGGCGAAAGACAAGUGAAGCUGAACGGGAGGAGAGGAGUCAAAAAGGCAGAAAACGCAAAACAGGAAAAGGAAAAACCACAGAGUGCACAUCCCCAACAGCAGAAGAAGAUGGUGAGACUGGAAAACCUCCACCGAAAGCUGCCCCCCUCACAGAGGGGGGGGUCAGCAACAAGCCCCCCUCCAAGUCUGAGAAGAAGUCUGCUUACAGACCGGUGAAAAGUGAGGAUGAGUCAGGGAGCGAGGCCGGAGGUUCAGAGGAGGGGAGGGAGGAGGCGCUUAGUGAGGGGGGGGAGGAGCACAGCAGCAGCCGGGGGCCCGCUGAGACCCGGGGGGGUCCGGACACAGAGCCAUCGGACACCCAGAGCCCCACGGAGCCGUCGGCCAGCGAGGACUCGGACAGAGACCCGGCUGAGUCCAGCAGGGACGGGUCUGAGGCUGGACCUGGAGCUCUGACCGGAUCAGGAGAGGAGGGCGAUGGGAGGCCAGAGGCUGGGGGGGGCAGCGGCUCAGAUAGUGAUGCAGACGAACACAGGAUGAAGCACCAGGACAGCCAGGAGCCGGCCCCCGCCCCAAAGACCCCCAGACAACAAACACAGCCUCCGCCACCUCCAAAGGAGCCCAAGUACAAGAUGUUUAAAAGAUCCAAGGCGGAUAAACAGGAGAAAAAAAGGGCAAAAAUAGAGAAGAAGAAACUGGAAAAGGAAGCCAAACAAAGGGCUAAAAUAGAAAAGAAAAACAAAAAGAAGCAGAAAUAUGAAAAAUCCGGUGCUACAACAAAGGAAGUUCAAAUACCGACAGACAUUUCCCAAAGAGACAUCGAUGGAGAGGAGGAUGAAGAUGAGCCAGGGCUGGAGAAAAACCUCACAGGCCAAAGCCAAACCAGACUGCUUAAGGCGGCGGGUAAAGGUAGGCCCUCCAAAGCCACUCUGGGGCCUCCAGGGCAGCAGGGGGCUGCAGGAGCUGCCGGGGGGGGGGCUCAGAGCAAAGUCCAGGCGGCUUCAGCUGGACGCACAGCUGACCAGUCUGAGGAGGAACCCUCCCAGUGCGAGGCCACCGAAGAGGAGUCCAGCAAAUCCCAGGAACCCUUAAUACCAGGAAGAACAAACAUGAGAACUCUGAGAAGAAUGUCUGCAUGGAUCCAGAAGAAACUGCCACAGAAACUCAAUUUCAAAAAGAAAUUUUCAGCGUUGACAAAAGCUAUUGGCCUGUCCCACUGGCUCUCUGUCCGUGCCAUAAAACACAAACAAGGGGCCAGAAGACCCAGAGGCCUAGUCCUCAGACAGAGGAUGGCCAUGAGAGUGGCCAGCAGAACCAGUCUGGUCAGCAAGAAAGGCAAGAGUUUGCCUGAUGACCGAGUGGACACAGAUGGAGUCAGCUCUGAGGAGAAAGGGGGGCAGGCAGGGGGGGCAGCAGGACCCGCUCAGGAGAAGGAGAUAGAAGCCAAAUACGCCGUGGUGCUCCCCAGGAUGAACAGACUGGGCAAGGCCAAGAAAACAGAGGCCUCUCAGGCAAAUCCUGGACCAGAGGUUCCAUCAAGUCCACCAGGGGAACAGACUACCUCACAGUCCAGACCUCCUCAGCCCGGUGCCAAGCUCGUGCUCCCCGUCAAGCCAGACCUCAGCCUCCUGAAGUCCAUGAGGGCUCUGCCAGGAGGCUCCACACCAGCAGCUCAUGUGAGAGAAGGGAGCUCCGGGCCCCAGGACCCCUCCCAGAGACCCCCUGCCCCUGAAGAGGCAGCCUGGGGCUCCUCCUCAGAACCUCCAGAAGCAGACCGGCUGCUGGCAGCCGCCCGAGGGAAACUCAAGCCCUCCCAGGUAAAGCUGGGCAGGAUACCCGGGAUAACAGCCGGGCGUGGCCCAGGACAACCCCAAGGGCCAGAGCCGGUCAAAGAGGGGGCCGGGGGGGAGCCCAGGUCUGAACCUGUUCUGGACAGAGAGGCGGGCGUGGAGAGGGCAGGCGGGGGGUCUCUGUACGAAGAGGAGGCUGACCGGGAGGUGGCCCGGCUGAUGGGUGAGGGAGGGGCGUACAGCCCCCCGGCCCCGCCCGCCGUGCACUGGGCCGGGAACCCCCGGAUGAGCGGAGACCCUCAGGUAUGUGGAACACUUUGA